CCAGAAGCCUUAGAAACAUGGAAUAGCCAACCAAUGCACACUUCCGCUGAGCUUAUGUUGUGUUCAAAAAUUGAUAUGAUUUUACUACUUCAGGUAUUUACAUUCGUUAACGUGAUUUUGUGAAAUUUAGGGAUUUACGAAAUAAUAUGUUUUAUCCAGUUAUCUAAUCGUGUAAAGUGAUGCAAAUCGAGGUGAAAAGUUAGGUUUUUACUCGCGUCUCUACGCAACCCUCCUGUGGAUCUACCUACUCAUGAUCUACUUCGUCGUUUCUCGCCGUUAAGGACGAUGAGUGCCACAGAAGUGGAAAUCGGAGUAUGGGUGGACGGCAGCCAGAAAUGGGUGAGUGGAGUCACCCGCCGCACCACUUGCUACGACCUCAUCCGUGCCCUGCUACGCGCCCAGAACCUGCGAGCUACUGACGAGGAUGUCAUCAAGUACAUAAUCGUCGAGAGGUGGAAGAAAGUCGAGCGACCUCUGGACCACGAACAGCGCAUACUUAAGGUGUGGAAGUCUUGGGGUGAGACUGUGCACCAGGUUCGGUUCAGUCUACGUCGAGGCCGAGGAGAUUCACCCGAAACUGACGACAAUCCAAAAAAGAAAAAUAAACACAUCGACCAAGAUUGGGACAAGAACAAAGAGAAUGAUGCUAAUUUAGAUGGAAGCCUGGACGGAGCCGAAUCUAGUUGCGGCAGAAGCGAACGCAGUCGCCGACGCCACAAAAUGCGACAAUCGCGACGCGAAGCCACGGCGUGUCUACAGCGGGUGCCUCCUUUACCGCGACAUCGAAGUCCCGCCCACACGACGGAGCCCGAAGACUCUCCCCAGCCGUUGUCUGAUGACGAAAGUGACAGCCGGGACUGCGGGACGAGCAAGCAUGCAAAACCAGAAUCUAGGAGACCGGCCAAGGAUGAUCCCCGAUACAACGAGACGAUGGAGAGGCUCAUGCGACUCGUUGUGGCCCAGGGCGAGACGAUACAGAACCAACUACGGCGUCUCAAUCAACGCGAAUCACAAAUUGAGAGUUACGAGCAGCAAAUGCAUCUAUUAAGAGUACAGAGCCUAGGAAAUGACUACCUGUUAUCUUCUUAUUUACACGACCAACAUCACCAAGCACAGGACCAACCUCACGGCAUGGAGCAAGUAAUGGGCGUGGAUUCGGGAUCGAAAUAUUCCUCGCAUCACAGGAAUUCUUUACUACCUCCAGCUCGAUUACAGAGCGGUCCACAUGUACAGUUCAAUCAAGCGCAUCCCACUCUGCUGCCUAGUAUGUCUGAUACGCGGGAAGUUCAUGCUAAACCCAUCAACAUCGGAGGAGGUCCUAAUGAUUUGUUCAUUCAGGACGCCGCAACUUGCAUAAAUACUGCCGGGCGAAACAAUUUUGUCCGUUCUAUGAAGUCCACAGAACCUCUGAGGUACAGCGGUCGACUUAAUAGAUCGAAUAAAGAUGAAACCCUUGACGAAGAGAAGAGUAAAGAUUCUGGAAUAUUAUUUGCGGAAGAAACCGACGAUAUAAGCCAUCGGGAUAUUGAGGAUCUAAAUGAAGCCGAAGUCCAGGAGCGAUUAGCUCUUUUUAAUAAAAUGGAAACAAUUUUGAACCGAAUGUUAGAAGAAGAGGAAAAAAUCCACGGCCUGAGGUCAACCAUUGAAGUGAUCCAAACGCAGCAGAAACAGGAAAAAAAUAUUCUUGAAUGUGACUUGAAACGAGCUGCUGACGACCACGCUGCGCUUGUGGCAGAGGUUCGAUCGAACGAACAACAGAUUCGCGUCCUGGACACGUCGGCGGCCCAGAAGAAAAAACUAAUAGACGCUUUAUUGGCAGAUGAAGUGGACUCCGACCAGGAGACUAAAUACCUCCAAGCAAAGCUGGACUAUAUCCUACACCUUCCACCAACGGCUUUUAGGCUCCCAGAGGAAGGGGAUGAUCCACCGCCUCUGCCUCCUCCUCCGGCGCAUCCCGCUUGCUUGGUACAAAGUCUCUUACCUAACCACCCACCUCAACUUGUGAACCCAAUUACGACGAGCUAUCGGCAACCUUCUCCCAACCAACAGAAGUCAAGUUCACAGACACAGACGAAUAAGCAUUUUCAUUCUAGGAGUUCAUCAAGCGAUAAUCGGCCACCAUGCGGCGCCAGCCAUCGGCCCCCUUCUCCUAAUGUUCUGUACAACAAUAGAGCUCCAUCCCCCUCAAUAUUUGGGACCGUCAACAGAGCUCCAUCUCCAGGACCUCGUCUUCCCAACAGGUCCUGUUCGCCGAACCGACGAAAACCGCUCCAACCGCCGCCGUACGAACACCAUAAGCUAAACGGCAACCUAACUACCAUCGAUAGUACCAGCGUACCGCUUCUGAGAAGCUCAGUUUCUGGGAGCAAUCCCACUCUUCAGUCACAAAUUAAUAAUAAGAAUUUUCAAAGCUCUUAUUCUUUGAAAAAUACGUUCACGAGCGUUAAUGUUUUACCGAAUAGGACGGAUUUAAGUUUAGCUAGUAACCAAAACUUGAACAGCUCAGAACAAAAUCAAAAUACAAAUAGCCUUAAGAAUAUCAAUUCCAUUCACCUAAGAAUCAAUACUUUUAAAAAGCAGGUUGGAGAAGAUAAUGAUGAGGAUGUUCCACCACCCCUACCCUUGUGUCCUCCACCUCUUUUAACACCCCCUGCCAACGCCAAGGACAUCAUGCAGUCAAACACUUACAAUAUUAAAUCCGACAUGAAUGGCGAGAAAAGCCGCACCGAUUUCUCCAAUAAUGAGGCGAGUAAACGAAACUUACUGAACACGAUCGGCAGUCGAAUAGUGAGUGGCAAAUCCAGCAAAAGCGUAGACGAUGACGACAAUGACUCGACCACAAAUAAUUCCAGCCUUGGUUUGAGCUCGCGUUCCAGCACUUCCUCCGAAGCAUCAAUGAGCAAUUGUUCUUCUUCUGUUUCUUCGGGCGUUGGAGUGGAUUCUUUCCCGUCCAGUAAUAUCAAUAAAAUGCAACGAACACGUAAUCAAAUUUCAGCCGUUAAUGGCAAAGACUCCAGUGUCAAGUCGCACUCGUUGCUGUUGCAAAACAACAGCAUAACAUCAAGCACCGAUCAAUUGGUCCUCAGCGGGACAACUGAUGUGAAAAAAGACUCUGAUUCUGGUGACUCUAACUCCGACACAGGUUUGAGUUCUCUGCACAGCAGCAGCGACGAGGCCGCCUAUGCCCUGGAUACUUUAGUGUGACUAAAUAUUGAUAACUGAUACUUCAGUACCCUAACCACUUAUUGUUUAUAACUCGUCCAUUCCAUGGAAGUUCGUAUGCUGAAAUACUUAUCAGCUGGAAAACCCCUGAACUAUAGACCAAGACAUAUUGAUGUAAUCAGUGAUUGAACAGUGCAGUAGCAAUUCAAGCGCUUGAACAUUGCUCAUUUCGAAUUUAACGUAAACGAAUCUAAAUUUUGUGCUAAAAGUUACGUAAAGCCUUGGCGGAAUGGAUUGCAAAUAUAUGUUUACUUUCUUUAUGUCUUCGUAGAAAUUUAAUGAUAGAUGAGCUGAUUUUAACAACGGGUAAAUAUGCUAAAUACAUGUCAUGAUUUGUAGCCGAAUAGGCGUUAUAAUUUUUGCAUACAAUUUUCAUUGAAUUAUGAUCAUUGUAAACCAAAUUUCGUCGGUAAUGGUCCAGUGGCGGAUUUAUUGGACUCGAUCUCAUGGUCUAUCUUUACUUCGACGCUUCUAGAAAUAACUGAUUUUUUUUCCUCUUGCUGAUUCACAUAGCAUUUCUUUGCAGUGCUAACGGGUAGAAGAGAUUCAAUCUAUUGAUAGUUUUUAAUCAUUAGACACGGGAUUUCUUGUUUACAUACAGAUUUAUUUCAUUUAUUCUAGAUAAUGAUCUUGAACGCUUUCUAGUAUCUCAUUACUCUAGUUCAUCUUCAUGAAUUUUAUAUCGCAUAAGUUAGAAACUCGGAAGCUAUCUUAUGGAAGAAAACUCAUUCAGCACUUCCAUGAGAUUCCACGUUAUUCGUUCAGCUUAAUACAUUGUUGGUCACCUUAAUUUCAGAACGAACGGAGUACUAGUGGGCUUCAACGAAUCUAUCUGUAGUAUUUUCUAUGGAUUGUAAAGCCCUAUCUUGUACCAAAGAGAACGUACAAAAUGUCAAACAUUGUGUUAAAAUCGCAAUGACCGUCCUGUAAUUAGUUGAGAUGAUUCGAGCUGCUUUUCAUAUUCAACGAAUGCUCAUUCGGUAUCAAUAAUACUCUACAGUUUCACAUUCACUGGAGCACUAAUGUCGAGUUAAUUUAAGAAGGCAUAGAAGAACAAGCGUCAGUAAUGUGACAUCGGCAGAGGCUACAGUCGCUGCCUUUCAACUCAUUCGCAGCAAUUUAUUAUAAGCGAGUAAUAUACCAAAUCACGCAACUGUAAAUACGUUAAGUAAUUUAAUUAUUAAUGUAUAUAAGGUCGUGUAAAUCCCAGUCUGCGUCAAUAAAGAUUUAAUAUCCCCCUUCA